AUGUGGCUACCGUUGGCGCUCUGUGUGCUGCUGGAAUUUGCCGAAAUUGUCAGUGCAACGGGCAGGUUGGACGAUGCACUGGAGGUCACGUUCAGCGAGCGGACCCGGGCCGACUGGGAAAAGGUUUGGCACCAGGAAAGCCAUUCACGCUGCCGGGAGAAACUGAUACGCCAUCUUUAUUGGGCGUGCGAGAAGGAUAUCUAUCGGAUUUCGAGACGCAGCGGCGAUGAUGGCCUGUCCGGUGGGAUGGCAAAGCGCAGUAUAGCGCGGCAAACGUAUAUCGAGGAUGAUGCCCAACAGACCGCUCCAUUCCUUUGGGCGAUUGAUCGUGAGGUGGCCUACGCGUUCCUGCGUACCCGACGCAAUGGAAAGCGGCGUUCGGGCGGUUCGAUUACGGCCGAGUGUUGCACGCGUACCGGUUGCACCUGGGAGGAGUACGCCGAGUAUUGUCCGUCGAACAAACGAUUAAACCAGUACCGCCGAAGAAAGUAAGGACUCCAAACGGAUACUCACGGUUCUUAUAGGUGCGUUGGUUGAGCUGGUUUGACACACAAAACCACACGGAAGCUGGAAGUGGAAGACGGUUUAUGUGACAAGGCACGGUGAUGGAAUGUAACCGCGGAGCGAUGGAGGAGAUGGGAUGCAGGUGGAGGUAGAACUGGAAGAUUUCUCGGUAUUCUCGAUCAUC